AUGAAAAAGAUUGAUAUUUUUGGAAGUGAAAUGCUCUUGAGAUUUAACAAAUCCUCUUCAUUUCACACUAACUUUGGCUCAUUUAUAACAAUAAUGAUUGUGGGAUUUAUUUCAUUUCGUUUAUUUUUUAUUGUAUUAGAUGUUUUUCAAAGAAAUAAUCCUUAGGUUAUCUACAAUGAAAGAUAAGUAGACAAUCCUGCUCCUUUUUAAGCUUCCAGUAAAACAUUUCCUUUUGCUUUUGGUAUGGAAGAUCCGGUAACUAAUAAUUACUAUAUUGAUGAAAGUAUUUAUACAAUUACCGCUUAGUGGAAAUAAAAGUUUUUAGUCUACAACGAAACUACAAAACAAUAUGUAACAAUCUGGAAUAUAACUAAUAUUUAAUUAUAAAAAUGCUCAAUAGAAAACUUCUAAAAUCUUGAUAACUAGCACUACUAUACACAACUAAACUAUACAAGUAUGUACUGUUUACCUCCUGAUUACUAAUAUACAAUUUAAGGGGAUUUUCCUUCAUUAGAAUACUCACUCAUUUUAUUGACUAUUUAAUAAUGCUCACAAAACUGUAAACCAAAAAGUGAUUUAGACUUUUACUUGUAAAAGGCAAAUUUUGGACUAUAGCUAUCUGACUCUUAUGUAGAUCCAACAAUUAAGAAUAAUCCCUUUAAGAUAUACUCUAGGGAUAUGUUUUGGCGCACAAGUACGUCAUUACCUAAGGAUGUAACUUUAUACAUUAGGAAUAAUUAUGUUUAUAGUGAUUUUGGGUGGUUUUUUUCAGAUAUCACUACUUAAUCGUUUCCUGCUUAUAGUUACUAUGAGGUUAGCGAUUAUCCACCAAAUUCAUAAAAGUACUUCUUGAGUAUACUUUUUAGAUUCGAAAAGCAAAAAGAAGGAGUGUACAAAAGGACAUAUAAAAAUUUCAAUAGCAUAAUGUCAGAAAUUGGUGGUUUUACUCAGAGUCUCCUCGCUAUUGGAUAUUUAUUUUGCAAAAAAUAUUCAUAAAUAAAAUUAAAUUUAAAGUUGAUAAAUGAGGCAUUUAAAUAUGAAGAAGAUGAAAAAAAUAACAAAGAAAAAUUGUGUAAUAAUAAGUAAGAAAAAUAAUAAAGAUUAAAAACUUUGAGUUUUCAGCCAAAUAAACUUAAAAAUGAAUUAGACUUUAAAAAUAGUAAUCUAGAGAUUGAACAAUCGUAAAAUAUUUUAAGAAAAAGAAACUUUUUAGAUAGAAAAGAAAGCAUGGAUGUGAAGUAGAAUUAAAAUGAGACGAUUCAAAAUAGUCCAUUUUAGUUAGAAAAGAAUAUACUAAGUAGUAACUAGUUAUUUUAAUUAACGUAAGUAAAACCUGAUCAAAUAAACCCAAGAUCAACGAAUGAUGCUUUACAUUUAAAUUAAUAGGUUUCAGAAUCAUUUUAAGAGUAGUAACAAAAACAUAAAUAGAUUAAAAUUCAAAAUAAACUUGGUGGAGUUGAUGAAUCUGAUUAUAUUAAAAAUAACGAACCAAAUAUUGAUCAAUCUUAAAAGAAUUACUAUUAAUAAUAGAAAACCAAGGAAACUGAAUUCAAAUAGCUUAUUGAUAAACAUACAAAGAGUAUGAAAUUAAGCACUUGGGAAUAUUUUAAAUCAUUUAUUUUUCCCACAAGAGAAUAUAAAAGAAAAAAAAAAAUAAUUUAGUACAGUGUUGAUAAGUUAUACUAUAAUUUAGACAUAUUUAAUAUUUUAAAGAAAUUUGUAGAGGUAGAAAAGUUAAAAAGAUUACUUUUAGACCAAGAUUAAUAAAAACUAUUUGAUUAUUUGCCUAAACCUACAAUUUAACAGGAUUUAGUGUUGAAAUAAGAAAUCAAAGAAAGUUGGGAUUAGAAAAGCAAAGAAAUAGAUUUACUCUAUCAAGAUAAUCGAUCAGAUUUACAAAAAGCCAAUGACGCUUUUUAGGCAUACUAAAAAAUAAUAAAAAAAUCUAAUUGCACCAAAUUAGAUUAAAAAUUAAUUGAUUUAAUUGAUCCUAAUUUAUUAAAAAUAUUUAAGGAAGCUAGUGAUUAAAAGCAGCUCUAUUCAUUAGGCAAACAUAACUUACAAAACAGUAAAUUAAGUAAUGCUUACGAAAAAUAUUUCUAUUAAACAGAUUGCAAAUCUACUUAAAGUUAUAAUUAAAAUAACUCAGAAAAUAAAAAUAAAAUGUUUAAAUUAUUCAAAUAACGUAUAUAAGAAGAAAAUCCUCUAGAAUAGAUUUCGUUAAACUAGUCAGAUAUAAGUAUUCAAGAAGAAUUUGUUAAAGUAGAAUUUAAAGAUAGACCUAAUUCCCCAAUUUAGCUAAAUAGUAUUACAAAUAGUGAAGUUAAAUCUUAAUCACCUAAUACGUUUUCUCAAAAUUAAAAAAUUAAAUAUGAUUAAUAGCAUACUCCUAAAUUAUUUAAAAGUAAGUAAAACUAAUUAGGAUCUUUAUGA